CAUUUUCUUCCCACCACCAUCUCCAUUCUCUUCUUCACAAACUCUCUCCGCUUCCUUCUUUCUCUCUGCUCAAUUGCCAAAAUCAAAAUGGCUGCUACUGGGUUUUUGUUGGUUGGACUUCUUGCAAUGGUCAGCAGUGUUCACGGAUACGGAGGGUGGAUUAAUGCUCAUGCCACCUUUUAUGGAGGGGGCGAUGCUUCUGGAACAAUGGGUGGGGCUUGUGGCUAUGGAAACUUGUAUAGCCAGGGGUAUGGUACAAACACAGCAGCACUGAGUACAGCUCUGUUCAACAAUGGGUUGAGCUGUGGAUCUUGCUUUGAGAUUAGAUGUGUGAAUUCUAAAUAUUGCUUGCCCGGUGCCAUUCUGGUCACAGCCACCAAUUUCUGUCCUCCAAACAAUGCCCUGCCUAACAGUGCAGGGGGAUGGUGCAACCCUCCCCUGCAGCACUUUGACCUCUCCCAGCCCGUUUUCCAGCGCAUGGCUCAAUACAGAGCUGGAAUUGUCCCUGUUGCUUAUAGAAGGGUGCCCUGCAGGAGAAGGGGAGGCAUAAGGUUCACAAUAAACGGUCAUUCCUACUUCAACUUGGUGCUGGUCACCAAUGUUGGUGGUGCUGGUGACGUCCAUUCGGUGGCAAUCAAAGGGUCCAGAACUGGCUGGCAGCAAAUGUCGAGAAACUGGGGUCAAAACUGGCAGAGCAACUCCUAUCUUAACGGGCAGAGCCUCUCAUUUAAGGUCACCACAAGUGAUGGCCGCAGUGUAGUGUCCUACAACGCUGCCCCUGCUGGUUGGUCCUUUGGGCAGACUUACACCGGUGCCCAAUUCCGCUGAAGCUCUCCCGCUCCUGCUUCAUUUAAUACUCUUUUUUUUUUAGCUAUUACUAUGAUUUGGUAGGGGGGCUUGAUAUACUUUAUGUGGUCACUGGUCACUAGUAUUAGUAUUGUGACUAUUUUUGUUUUCAAUUUUUCAUUUCACUAGGCAAUAGGGAUCCGUCUCAAGUUGCCUUGACGACUUAUUAGUAUGGUAUAAUUGAGGGAAGAUAAGUAGUACUCCACUAUAUUUUAGGCAGGGUAUUGGCCCUACAGGGGGGAAAUGAGGAGGGCAUAUUUUAAGAUUGUCCCUCUCCCAUUUUGUGGGGUGUCCGUUUUGGAGACCUUAAAACUUCUUGGGGUCUUUAGUUUUUUUUUUUCCUUCGGUCCGUUAUGAGGCAGAAGAAGAAGAUGAUUGGGCAGAGGUGGACUAUAACCACCCGCCUUUAGUAUGUGCUUUUUUUUUUUUUUUUUUGGGGGGGGGGGUUAUUAUAUCUUUGUCUAGUUGGGAUUUGAUCUUCUUCUUCAGCAUCCAGCCGGAGUUGUACCAUGUGGUGGUUAAUUUCUAUGGAAGUGCAAUUGUAAAUCCGAUUUGAAUAUCAAUGAAGGAGUGUUUUAAAUUCUACCGACAA